CCUCGGAGAUAAAUAAGCAAUAAGCAACCUUUAGAAACAUCAUCAAAACAAGCCGAUGCGGUAGUCUUGCUGUUCCUUUUAAUUGUGAGAUUAACUUGAUCGCUAAAUAAUUUCAUCACGGUUUCUCAUAACAAGAAAUAGUUAAAAAUGGUUGUCCGGGAGUACAACGACGAGUUGAAAUACCUGGAGAGAUUGACUCCACACAGCUGGAAGAUAAAAAAAGGCUUCCAGCCCAACAUGAAUGUCGAAGGCGUUUUUUACGUCAACGAACACCUGGAAGAGUUGAUGUUCGAGGAAUUAAGGAAUUCGUGCCGACCUGGCAUGAUUGGUGGUUUCCUGCCAGGAAUGAAGCAAAUCGCAAACGUCGCCGCUCUGCCUGGAAUCGUGGGAAAGUCCAUCGGACUCCCAGACGUCCACUCCGGCUACGGCUUUGCCAUCGGAAACAUGGCUGCCUUCGAUAUGUCGAAUCCGAACUCGAUUGUUUCUCCCGGUGGCGUCGGCUUUGACAUCAACUGUGGGGUUCGCCUUUUGAGGACCAACCUGAUGGAAAAGGACGUCCAUGAUGUGAAGGAGCAACUGGCCCAGAGCCUCUUUGACCACAUACCGGUCGGUGUGGGUUCAAAGGGAAUUAUUCCCAUGAAUGCAAAGGAUCUCGAGGAAGCUUUGGAGAUGGGAAUGGACUGGUCCCUUCGAGAAGGUUAUGUUUGGGCUGAGGACAAGGAGCACUGUGAAGAAUACGGCAGGAUGUUGAACGCCGACCCGAGCAAAGUGAGUGUCCGGGCCAAGAAAAGGGGCCUUCCCCAGUUAGGCACCCUGGGCGCUGGAAACCAUUACGCAGAAAUCCAAGUGGUCGAGGAAAUCUUCGAUAAAUUCGCAGCUACCAAGAUGGGAAUUGACUCGGUUGGUCAGGUCUGCGUGAUGAUCCACUCGGGCAGCAGAGGUUUCGGUCACCAAGUGGCCACCGAUGCUCUGGUUGAGAUGGAGAAAGCCAUGGCCAGGGACAAAAUUGAAACCAACGAUAGGCAGCUGGCCUGUGCCAGGAUUGGCUCAAAGGAGGGUCAAAAUUACUUAAAUGCGAUGGCGGCAGCGGCCAAUUUUGCCUGGGUUAAUCGCAGCUCCAUGACAUUUCUUACUAGACAGGCGUUUGCAAAACAAUUCAAUGCAUCUCCGGACGACCUGGACAUGCAUGUUAUUUACGACGUCUCACACAAUAUUGCCAAAAUCGAAGAGCACAUGGUCGACGGUAAACUCAAAACACUUCUAGUCCACAGGAAGGGAUCAACCAGAGCUUUCCCUCCUUACCACCCCCUCAUCCCUGUCGACUACCAAUUAACGGGGCAACCUGUUCUAAUUGGCGGGACAAUGGGCACCUGCAGCUAUGUUCUGACCGGUACUCACCAAGGAAUGCAAGAAACAUUUGGAUCAACUUGUCAUGGAGCUGGUCGGGCACUGUCGAGAGCCAAAUCUCGCCGCAACAUUGGAUACCAGGACGUCCUGGACAAACUGCAGGAGAGUGGAAUCUCGAUCCGAGUGGCCUCCCCAAAACUGGUGAUGGAAGAAGCUCCCGAGUCUUACAAAAAUGUAACUGAGGUCGUGGACACUUGUCACGCAGCUGGAAUAAGCAAAAAGGCCAUUAAACUGCGACCCAUUGCCGUCAUCAAGGGCUAAUUACUAAUUUAUUAGCAAUUAAACUCCAGCCUACUAAAAAUUUCUCUAGCUGCGAAUUAAAUAAUUCAACCUGUCGUACUUGCGAUAAAUACCGUAAGUGAGUGAUACACUGAAAGUCUCAAGUUUUUUUGUAAAAUUAAUAAAAUACUAUAAUUGAUAUU